AAAAAAGGCAAAAAGUUUCGUGUUGUAAAAAUGUUAUAAUUUAAUGAAUUUAAAGUAGUUUCAAAAUAAAGUGAUAAUGUUUUCUGUUAAUGAUAUAUUGUUAAAUGAAUUUCAGUUCAAAAAAAUGAACGAAAAUAUAUUAAAUUGGACAAUAGAAAAUGUUAAAAAUUUCCUCAAAGAUAAAAUUGAAAGUAAAGAGAUUUUAAAUGCAAUAAUUGAGCAUAAAAUAGAUGGCAAAACUCUAUUAUUGAUAAAUGAGAGAGAUUUGUAUUCAUUGGAAGCAAAAUACAAUAUCCUUUUGGGUGAUCUAAAGAAGUUUUCUUUAAUUAUUCACAAACUUCAAUCCGAGAAUAGAAAUUGUCUGGUUUAUCUCGGAUUAAUCGACAGCCAAAGCAAUCUGAUUAACAACUUAUUAAAUUCUAAUUCACAACAUCGUAGUACCUUUCAAUCACAUCAUCAUAACAUCCUGACUGAAAGAAAUCAUCUACACGAUAUAGAUAUUUCACCACCAAAUUCUGUUGACGGCUCUAAUUCAGGAAAAUGCUUUGCAACAUGUAUUCAGCCUGAAUUCUUCAAAACUAUAGUUAGUUUAGGCUAUGCUUUCUUGGUGACUUGGUUAACUGCUUUUGUGAUGGUGGUGGUACAUGAAAGAGUUCCAGACGUCAAGAAAUAUCCUCCUUUGCCGGACAUAUUCUUGGAUAACGUACCUCAUAUUUCUUGGGCUUUCUUUGCAUGCGAAGUCACAGGUGCGAUUCUGUUUAGUGUUUGGGUCUGCGUGUUAAUAUUUCAUAAAUAUAGAAUGAUUCUUCUACGAAGGUUUUUUGCUCUCGGUGGAACAGUUUUCUUGUUGAGAUGCUUCACGAUGCUAAUUACAUCUUUAAGUGUACCAGGAUCUCAUCUGCAAUGUCAAUCAUCAGACCACAAAUUUGAUGAUGGCGAGGAUUUUAAUGUAUUCGAAAUGCUUGUUAAUAGAAUAAGUCGUGCUUAUACUAUCUGGAGUGGUUUGGGAAUGUCAAUUCAGGGAGUCCGAACGUGUGGAGAUUACAUGUUUUCAGGACAUACUGUUGCAUUAACAUUACUCAACUUUUUUAUUACUGAAUAUACACCAAGAAACCUUUACUUUUUACACACGAUAACAUGGCUCCUUAACAUGUUUGGAAUAUUCUUCAUUUUGGCAGCUCAUGAGCACUACUCAAUUGAUGUAUUCAUAGCAUUUUAUAUAUCAUCUCGUCUGUUUCUGUAUUAUCAUACAUUAGCAAAUAAUCAGGCGCUAAUGUCACAUGAUUCAACGAGAACAAGAAUUUGGUUCCCUCUAUUCUCGUAUUUUGAGAGCUGUGUGGAAGGAAUCAUUCCUAACGAAUAUAAUGCCCUAGGCGAAAUAUUUAUGACAUUAGGAGGCUGGCUUAUAAACCUAAAAGACUUGUGUAUGUUGACUGCUCGAAGAAUUUGGCUGACACAAAACCAAAGUCGUACUGAAUCGAAUAAAAGACAGAAAAGAUCUCAAUCGCAAACAACUCCUAAAAGAAUUAAUAAAAUAUCGACAAACGGAAAUAAUGACAAAAUAAGACGAUCGAUGACCAAUUUAUCUUCAGCACUAAUUGAUGAUACUGAUAGAACUGUCAGUACAAGAAAAUCUGUAAAUUGUGGACCAAAAAAGGAAAACUGAAUGAAUCACUUAGGAUAAGAAACUUAUCCUCCUUAUAUUUUAACUACUUCUUCUAGUCUCCUUUCAUUAAUGACGGUGAAAUUUUAGAAGCAAUAAUUGGCAUAUUUAUAUUCAUUUCUCAUUAACUCGAAGUCUUGAUUGGAUUUAAAUUGAUUGACUGAUUUGAGCUUGGAGAGACCAAACAUGAAAAUAUUCGUUAGGAAUUUAUUCAACUCCAGUCAUUUUCUAUUCAUUAUAAAUAUCAUUGGCACAUUCCAUUAUUAUCUAUUUAAUUAAAUCAUAAAAUUUCAUUCUCAUUUGAUUAGAUUUAUCACAUCAUGAAUCGUUUAGAGAAAAAAAAAAACUUGUAUAUUUUUUACCGAAUCGUGCUUUGUCCAAUUUUUGCAUAAAAUGCGCACAAUACAAACUUGUGCUUCUAUUCUUUCUUCUUCUCAACAUUAUUGAACUUAAUUAAGAGUAAAAGGAAUUAAAACAUUAUGAACUGUAUAGAAAAAAAUAUAUUUAUUAUUAUAAGUUAUUUAACUAUAAUAAUAAAAUUAAUUUGUUA